GCUGGCAAACUGUUCAAGUAUGGGUUGCCAACACCAUUGUGUCCCGACUCUGAGUGGACCAACAUGCUAUUGUAACAGUUCCUUCCAGUUAGCUGAAGAUGGGAAAAGCUGCAAAGAUUUUGAUGAGUGUACUAUUUAUGGUACCUGUAGCCAAACCUGCACCAACCAUGAUGGUUCCUACAUAUGCAGCUGUGUUGAGGGAUAUCUGCUCCAGCCUGAUCACAAAUCUUGCAAAGCCAAGAAUGAACCAGUAGAACGACCACCCAUCCUACUCAUUGCCAAUUCUCAGAACAUCAUGGCUACCUACCUGAAUGGUGGGCCUGUCUCCAACAUCAGCCCAACUAGCACCAAACAGACUACUGCCAUGGACUUCAACUACAUAGAAGACACUGUCUGCUGGGUCCAUGUUGGUGACAGUUCCUCCCAGACUAUUCUCAAAUGUGCCAAAAUCCCUAAUCUCAAAGGGUUUGUUGAGGAACGGACUAUCAACAUCUCUCUCAGCUUGCAUCAUGUGGAGCAAAUGGCUAUUGACUGGCUUACUGGCAACUUCUAUUUUGUGGAUGACAUUGAUGACCGGAUAUUUGUCUGCAACAAGAAUGGGGUCACCUGUGUUACACUGCUUGACCUGGAACUCUACAAUCCUAAAGGCAUUGCACUGGAUCCAACAAUGGGAAAGGUUUUUUUCACUGACUAUGGACAGAUACCAAAGGUGGAACGCUGUGAUAUGGAUGGGCAGAACCGUACAAAACUGGUGGACACCAAGAUAGUCUUCCCCCAUGGUAUCACCUUGGACUUGGUCAACCGGCUUGUUUACUGGGCUGAUGCUUACCUUGACUACAUCGAAGUGGUGGAUUAUGAAGGAAAAAAUCGACACACAAUCAUCCAGGGCAUCUUGAUAGAGCAUCUCUAUGGCUUGACUGUCUUUGAGAACUACCUGUAUGCCACCAAUUCUGACAACGCCAAUACUCAGCAGAAAACUAGUGUCAUCCGAGUCAAUCGCUUCAACAGUAGUGACUUUCAAGUGGUAACACGAGUGGAUAAAGGUGGAGCUCUACACAUCUAUCACCAACGACGGCAACCCAAAGUGAGGAGUCAUGCCUGUGAAACGGACCAGUUUGGAAAACCAGGUGGCUGUUCUGACAUCUGUCUCCUUGGAAAUAGCCACAAAACUCGGACAUGCCGGUGCCGGUCAGGAUUCAGCCUUGGCAGUGAUGGGAAGUCUUGCAAAAGUGAGUUGCAUGCUGUGAGUCAGAGUGUGCUGUGGUUGGGAGACAACUGAACUGAAGAGGAAUCUGGCUUAAUCUGCUACAUCCCAGAUUUCAGGGAAAUCUUCUUUGGUAUUUCAUUGCUUUAAAUGGUUACCAGGGCAGUAAAAAACAAAGAGAA